GCCGCGUGCUGUGUGCAUUCUGUGAACUUGGGGCUCACAGCCUGGAGAAUGUGCCACUAUCUUUACUCAUCAGUGGGGUAAAUGAUUGUAACCGUUGUCAUUACUUUGGAUCGGCGCACAUGAUCACGCUGAAACAAUUACUGUGAUUGGUCCAAUAACGGAUAUGAACCGCAACGCACCCAGAUCAAUGAUCACUCUCGACUUACCGAAUUGGACAACUUGAUAUGUUCCUGGCGUCCGGUCUGACAGAACCUUCAAAGAACCAGGGGUGACCAAGAGAGACCGGGUGGUGACCGUGGGGUGAAGUCGCUUGCAGUUGAGGUCCCUUUCCUACUGCCACCCCAUCCACCCAUCGACUGAAGACAUCCUUACACCAUAUACCAUGACGUUGUCUUCUUCACCACCCAGCAUCUCCGAGAAAGAUGAUGUGGUCCAUGUCGAAGAUGGAAAGGCUGCUGCCGAAGGCGGGCUCUACAACCCUCAUAUCGACGUUUCGGGCAUCGACGAACGCGCUUUAAUGCGAAAAGUCGACAUGCGGACUAUACCAUGGUUAUCUUUUCUGUAUUUACUUUGCUUCCUCGACAGAACGAGUAUUGGAAAUGCAAAGCUGUACAAAAUGGAGGCGGAUUUAGGAAUAACUGACACUCAGUAUUUGAUAUGCCUGACGAUUUUCUUUAUAUCCUACGCAUUAUUCGAGGUGCCCUCAAACAUCGUCUUGAAACGUCUAAAACCCUCCGUAUGGCUUUCGAUGCUCAUGGUUCUUUGGGGUAUUAUGAUGACGGUGCAAGGCCUAGUGCACAACUACAGCGGUUUACUAGUAAUGAGAUGGAUGCUUGGUGCCUUCGAGGCUGGACUUUUUCCCGGAGUCACCUACUAUCUCUCAUGUUGGUAUAAGCGUUCGGAAUUUGGUAUCCGCGCUGCCAUAUUCUUCUCGGCCGCGACCAUUUCCGGUGCAUUUGGUGGCCUUCUCGCUGUCGGCAUAGCCAAGAUGGAUGGGAUCGGUGGAAAGCCUGCCUGGUCGUGGAUCUUUAUCAUCGAGGGCCUUAUUACCAUCGUGGCAGGUGCUGUCUCUUAUUGGAUUAUCGUCGACUUCCCGGACAACGCAACGUUCCUUACCGAGGCCGAGCGGACUGUCGUUAUUCGCCGCCUGCAGGGUGACGCCCAGUUCAGUGCUGGUGGAGAGAAGAUGCAGUGGCGACACAUCAAAAAGGCACUGACCGAAUGGAAAACCUACCUUGCCAUGAUCGUUUACGCCGGAAUCGACAUGCCUUUGUAUGCAUUCGCGUUGUUCUUGCCGAGUAUCAUUAACCAGCUCGGAUACUCUGCAACUAAAGCGAAUCUAUUAACCGUCCCUGUUUAUGCGCUUGCAUGCAUAUCUACUUGCCUCGUCGGCUUCCUCGCCGACCGGCACGGCAACCGUGGGAUGUUUAACUUCAUUCUGCUUUCCAUCGCCGCUGUUGGAUACAUCAUCUUGAUCGUCUCCCGCGACGCCGCAUUGUCAUACUUUGCGGUGUUCUUAUCUGCUUGCGGCAUUUACCCUUGCAUUCCAAACACGGUUGCCUGGAUGUCUAACAACUCAGAGGGAACAUACAAGCGUAGUGUCGCUCUUGCAAUGGUCAUCAGCUGGGGUAACUUGCAAGGCGCCGUUAGUUCCAAUGUCUAUCGUGCAAACCAGACACCUUGGUACCCAUUAGGCCACGGACUUGUGCUGAUGUACAUCGGAACUGGUCUCAUCGCUACAGUCACAUUUAGGUUCCUCUUAAAGCGGGAGAACGCUCGUCGGGACCGCGGAGAGCGAGACGAAAUCAUCGAGGGACACGAGGGAGGCUUUGAAGUCAACGGUCGGUUCGCGAGCGUUGAAGAUGCCCAGAGGGAAAAGGGAGACGAAUGGAGUGGGUAUAGAUACACUCUGUGAAAACUGCGGUACGAUAUGAACGGUGUGGUUUUUCUUCCCUUUCCUCAAUGUAACUUAUGAUAUGAUUUAUGACUGGAUGUAACAAUACAUUAAUGUCUGACGAUUUGUGGCUUUAGUAUGUUUCAUCAUUUUAAUGACUACCAAUUGGGUUUUGCGCUUGGCCUUCCAGAAUCCAAUGGCGUUACCCCUGUGA